AUGGCUGAAUCUACCUCUGUUGACACGCACAACCACAAUGGGGACGCCGACUUUCAUUCCCCGCGACCGCGCAAACCCACGAGAAUCGACCUCCUGAAGCCUAAACUUAGCGACGAAGGCCUCAAUAAAAAUGGCACUCUGAAGGAAGCCGCUUCUGGUCUCUCGAGUGGAAGAUCGACCCCUAUACCCCCCGAUGCCCCGCCUUCCGUCCAGGCCUCUUCGUCUGCGCGCCGACAGAUACGCGCUCAGCACAAGCAGCGCAUAUUCCCUACUAUCCACUACCAAAAUCGCGUCUCGCACUUUGACCCAAACAGCGACCACCAUGACUUCCGCGGCUUCUUCGUCCUGUUCUGGAUUGGCCUUGCCAUCAUGGUCAUCACCUCGAUGCUCCGAAACAUGACAGAGACUGGAUAUCCGUUCCAGAUGAGGCAGUGGGCGCUGUUCAAGGAAAAGGUGGUUGAGCUUGGCCUGGUUGAUGGCGCCAUGGUGUGCAGUACGGCCUUGUCAUUGCCUCUCCAAAAGCUGUUCCUCGAAGACAAAGUGCUUCGCUGGAACACGUAUGGUAUGGCCAUACAGAGCGUCUUCCAGGCCAUCUGGCUUGCUUUCUGGACUACAUAUCCGUUCAUCCGCGAUUGGAGCUGGACGGCCCAGGUCUUCUUCACCCUACAUCUCCUUGUAAUUUUCAUGAAGAUGCACUCAUACGCAUUCUAUAACGGUCAUCUCAGCGAAACGCUAAGACGCCUGAACGACCUCGACACACCUGAUCAAGCUAGCAAAGUGGCAGCAGUUCGAUACCCGACUCCCCGUACUCAUCUACACGAGAUUCCAAAGUCACCGUCUCAGACCGAGUCAGAACCCAAAGACCCAAAUGCAGAAUACCUUGGCCACUUGCGCGAGGAGCUUGCCUUGGAGCUUGCGUCGCCUUUGGGUAAUGUCUCGUACCCCAACAACCUCACCUUAUACAACUAUGUGGAUUUCAUCUUCUGCCCAACGCUCUGCUAUGAGAUCGAGUACCCCCGCAACACUCAUGUUCGUUGGCUUGAGGUCUUCUACAAGACAUUGGCUGUGUUCGGAUGCAUCUUUCUCAUGGUUAUUACCGCAGAAGAAUUCAUACUUCCAGUGCUGGACGUAUCGGCUGUGCGACUCCACAACUCAAAUAGCGCAACCGACUUUGCAUUGAUCAUGGGUGAGACGAUUGGUCGUCUGCUGUUCCCCUUUAUGAUUACCUUCCUCCUGGUAUUCCUAGUCAUCUUCGAGUACGUCCUGGGUGCAUUUGCAGAAAUCACGCGCUUCGCCGAUCGUCAAUUCUACGCUGACUGGUGGAAUAGCUGUGACUGGCUCGAGUUCAGUGCCGAGUGGAACAUUCCGGUGCAUCAGUUUCUUCGUCGACACGUUUACAGUGCGUCCAAGAACCACAUGUCGAGGCCAUUGGCUAUAGUAAUCACCUUUUUCAUCUCCGCACUGGCCCACGAACUAGUCAUGGGCUGCAUCACGAGAAAGUUCAGAGGCUAUGGCUUCGUUGCUAUGAUGCUUCAGAUGCCCAUCGUCAUGUUGCAGCGAAGCAAAUGGGUCAAGGGUCGUACAUUGCUGAACAAUGUCUUGUUCUGGUGCAGCAUGAUCUUGGGACUCAGUAUGAUGUGUGCGCUGUACGUGCUUGUGUAG